AUGGAGAUCGCGCUGGUGACUCUGGAGAACGGCGGCACCACGGCCAUCGCGGGCAGCGAAGAUGCCACGGCCGGCGGCAGUGCCCGGGCUCGGCGGAGGGGCAACUUGCUGCACAUCGCCGGCUCCGCCGCUGCCGCUCCACGGCUGAACGACGGCAAGGAGGGUGCCCCGCCGCCGCCGCCGCCGCCGGAGGACGAGGAGAGGCCCCCGCUUGCCCCUCGGGGAGGCGGCGAGAGGCGCCGCAGCGGCAGCGCGUGCAGCCCCAACGAGCGGGCGGCAGAGCGCGGAGCGGCCCCUACGCCCCAACCGCCACCGCAGCCGCCGCCGCGCCGUGGUGCGGGGAUGGAAAUGGGUCCUUCGGAGGAAGGGGGGCACCGCCGGGGCAUGGCCAUGGCGGUGGCGGGCGAGGAGGAGGAGGAGGAGGCGGCGGCGGCGGUGGCGGCGAACCAGGGCGCCAUGCACCACCAACGGGUGCUGAUCAACAUCUCGGGGCUGCGCUUCGAGACCCAGCUCGGCACCCUCAAUCAGUUCCCCGACACGCUGCUGGGGGACCCGGAUAAGCGCAUGCGUUACUUCGACCCGCUCCGCAACGAGUACUUCUUCGACCGCAACCGGCCCAGCUUCGACGGGAUCCUCUACUUUUAUCAGUCCGGGGGCAAGCUCCGUCGGCCCGUCAAUGUCUCCAUCGAUGUCUUUGCCGAUGAGAUCCGCUUCUACCAGUUGGGUGAGGAGGCCAUGGAGCGCUUCCGGGAGGACGAGGGCUUCAUCAAAGAGGAGGAAAAGCCUCUGCCCCAUAAUGAGUUCCAGCGACAGGUCUGGCUCAUCUUUGAGUACCCUGAGAGCUCCAGCUCAGCCCGAGCCAUCGCCAUUGUCUCCGUGCUGGUCAUCCUCAUCUCCAUCAUCACCUUCUGCCUGGAGACCCUGCCAGAAUUCAGGGAUGAGAGAGAGAUGCCUGUGCCCCAGCCCACACAAAGUGGAGGUUUGAAUGGCACGACUGUGGAACCCCAACCCAUGCAGCCACCCAGUAGUCUCUCUGACCCCUUCUUCAUCAUUGAGACCACAUGCGUUAUCUGGUUCACCUUUGAGCUCCUUGUCCGCUUCUUCGCCUGCCCCAGCAAAUCUGAAUUCUCCCGCAACAUCAUGAACAUCAUCGACAUCGUGGCCAUCAUCCCCUACUUCAUCACCCUGGGCACCGAGCUGGCCCAGCAGCAGCAGCCUGGGACUGGCAGCAGCAAUGGGGGUGGGGGCCAGCAGCAAGCCAUGUCCCUGGCCAUCCUCAGAGUCAUCCGCCUGGUCAGAGUCUUCAGGAUCUUCAAGCUCUCCAGGCACUCCAAGGGGCUGCAGAUCUUGGGACAGACCUUGAAAGCCAGCAUGAGGGAGCUGGGCCUCCUCAUCUUUUUCCUUUUCAUCGGGGUGAUUCUAUUCUCCAGUGCUGUCUACUUUGCUGAAGCUGAUGACCCUGAGUCUCAUUUUUCCAGCAUCCCUGAUGCCUUCUGGUGGGCAGUGGUAACCAUGACCACUGUGGGAUAUGGGGACAUGCGACCUGUCACCGUGGGGGGCAAGAUUGUGGGUUCUUUGUGUGCCAUCGCGGGUGUGCUCACCAUCGCCCUGCCUGUCCCUGUCAUUGUGUCCAACUUCAAUUACUUCUACCACCGAGAGACUGAUCAUGAGCAAGCUGUUCUCAAAGAUGAACACAGUAGUGCUCAGGGCAGUACAGCUGGGGGAGAUGUGAAGAGGAGAGCCAGUAGAAACUCUCUGAACAAAUCUGUUGUGCACUUGGAAAACAGUGAGGGGUUCAACAAUGGCACCAGCUCCUUAGAGAAAACCAAUAUCAAAGCAAAAAGUAACGCAGAUCUCAGAAAAUCCCUCUAUGCUCUCUGUCUGGACACCAACAGGGAAACAGACCUGUAAGGAGAGGAGAGAGUUAGUUCAGAGAUGCAGAAGUAUUUGCUGGUGUCAGAAACUUACUACUAUAAUUAUUAUUUUGGUACCAGUUAUUUUUUUUAACUCAGGCUAUAUUUUGUAAAUUGAUCACUGUCCUGAGUAGUCCUCCAGGAAUACAUGUUUUUAUGUUCUUUUUCCAUGACACAAAGGGUCACCUAUUUUUAAAAUAGACUAAGAACAAGCUAUGCUCCAUGAUGCAGGAGCUGGUAAAUUACAACAGUGCAAAAUCUAAUUUGUAGAAACUUAUUUUGGCAAAUGGCGGUCGGUUUUAAAUGGGUCAUUUGUAACCAAUUCAGUUGCUCCAUGUUUAGUAUUAAAGAGUUGGAGGAUGCGUGUGUGGAGAAUGAAUGGAUUGGGGGGGAGGGAGGUUGAGGUUUUUGUACUGUAGUUUCAAAUUGAAAUUAUUCCAGUAUAUUUUCUAUCUAUCUGUAUAAUUGUAUUUAUGGUUGAAAGGGGAUUUCUUAUUCCUGUGAAAUGAAACAUCCAUAAAGCACUAGGAACAUCAGCAGAUCAGCACUUUCUGAGUUUUCCACUUGUGGUCUGUACAGAUUGGUUAGGUAGUAUGUGAAGUGAAUUUGGUGCUUUUAACCCUAUAGCAGAAAACUUCUAUUGUCAUUGAUAUGUUAGUUUCUUGUGAGCCUUAAAUUAUUAAAUAUUGUAGAUACACUUCUUUAUAAAUAACUUUAUUAAUUACCUUGCUGUUUCAGAAUUUCUAAAUAAUUUAGUCCUGUGCUUUACUGUCCCCACUCAAAAAAAAAAAAAAAAAUAUGUGCAGCUUUUGUGAGUUUUGUAGUUUUACAGGUUUAUAUCUAUCUUCAUUAGAUUUUUGAGACCCAAAGAGAAAAAAAUACUGUCUGCUGUUACUGGUUUGGAUCCAAGUGCACAACAGAGUAAAACCACGAGGGAGUGGAUAGAUACAAGGAGAGGGUAGAGUAUGAGUGCAAUAUCUGCAAAACUAUUUUCAGUGUACACUCCAGAUUACUUUGGCAUGUGUAUCAGUUACCUUUAUUCAUCCAUACCAUUUAUGUACACAGUUCACUGGUUUUAAUUAUCAUAGACUGGAAAUGGAUGGCACUUGAAAGAGUCUAACAUGGCAUGCCGUGCUCUUAAAUAACCAUUGCUUAUAUCUUGGACUUGGAUGGAAAGCAUCACCUUUCAUCAAAACACAUCCUUGUUUUCUUUUUAUUUCCAAACAAAACCUUUUCAGUGCUGUGGAUUUUACAGUUAAGAUGUUGCUGAAAGACAACAGCUUAUCUUCGUCAUGAUAACACAACACUGUACAACUUACUAGUGAAGACUGACACAAAGUUGCUUCUUUAACUCAAAAAGCUGUGUUAUUGUUUUUAUUGCAAAGGACUCUGUUUUCCCCUGAAACUUCUGUUUUAUUACUGAAGGAUGUUUCAUGCCUUCAACACAUACAAUGGCAGAGCAAGACUAGCAGAAAGAGAAGUCUUGAUUGUCAACGCUCAAGAGCGACCUGGAGCUUGUGCAGCAGCGCUGUUCUCCAAAUGGCUUUCCACACCAUCGUCUUCCUUAACACCAGUGAGCCACGAGACUGAGACAGAAAUUCCAGUGUGGGGAGGGUGUGAGUCAUGAGAUGAUCCUGACCAUCAGGAAGAAACUGAUUCAGAGACUGAAACCGAACACAUUUAUUCUUUGUUCUCAAGCCAUCUUGGGUUAGAAGUUGCUGAAAAAUUUUCUCCUGCAUAAAUAACUGUGAACUCCCCACCAAGCAUAUGUCUUAGUGAGUUGGAUUUCAUCAUCCAGAUUGUUGAAAAUCUGUUCUGCUUGAAGUUUUCUUUCAUACAGGAAUUGUUCAGCACCACAAAAAGAGCAUGCAGGGGUCCCAUAAAAGUUUCAAUGCUUUGAACUCACUCCCAAGCACAAGAAGACUUUACUGCUUGAGAUUUUGUUUGGAAAUACAUGAGUUCUUGUCAUAGAUUGAGUAUCAUCUACCAUGGUUCUUACAUAUCAAAAUUUCUCAUCAUUCUGGAAGAAGAUUCAAGUAUUUGUUCUUUUCCUUUUAUUUGCAUUCAUUUUGUUAUUUAUUUUGUAUUCUUGAGAUGUAUUGCAUCUCUGGAGUUUGUAUUUCUACUUUUAGCAUAAAGAUAUUGUAUAUACAAGUCUAGAAUGCAUCUGAAGAUUAGUCUGAUUUUUCAUGUGACUUUGACUUGAACAUGUUUAUGUUUAUAUUGCUGUUUCAAAAAUGUGCAUUACCUGUAUUCUUUAUGCCUUUUAUCCAUCUGUAACUCAAUAAAAUUCUGUCCCCAUUCUGCAGAACCAUA